GAGGGUGUUUCCAAUUAGGAUGGCUGCCAUCAUCCGGCGUCGUUUUGGUAUAGCCCACCUUCCCUUCUCGAUUCCUCCUCCUCCGAGUAUCAUCCCGCUUGUGGCAGCUAGCAAGGCACUCUACCGGUGGGGAAGUCGGGAGUCCUCAUCGGUUGUCCAUACGAGUAUCGAAAAUUCUUUUUUUGCCUUGAAAAAGCUGGACUUGGGAAGAACAUAAAUUGCCAACGGCAAUUCCUCUCCAUGGAUUUGCUGGACAUGCUUAAAAUGCGCAAGAAGAUGCCUGACAAAGAACCUCAAGUUCCUGUGUUCUGGUUCGAAACCUCUGAUUCCGUUUGUCGACGGUUCCAAUUUGAUCCCGAUGGCCAACUUUCUGUAAAGCUUGUAGAUGACUCCAGACCAAUAUAUCACAAGAUAGUGGAGUCUUUCCUAAAUAAAUUUUUUCCUUCAGGAUAUCCAUAUAGUGUGAAUGAGGGCUACCUUAGAUAUACUCAGUUUCGAGCACUUCAGCAUGUUACUAGUGCAGCACUCUCAGUGCUGUCAACUCAGUCACUGCUAUUUGCUGCAGGUUUGCAGCCCACCCCUGCUCAAUCAACUGCUGUUAGUUGGAUUUUAAAGGAUGGAAUGCAACAUGUAGGGAAGCUAAUAUGUAGUAAUUUGGGUGCACGAAUGGAUUCAGAGCCUAAACGUUGGAGAAUUUUUGCUGACGUGCUCUAUGAUCUAGGCACUGGCUUGGAAGUUCUUUCUCCUUUGUGCCCACAUCUUUUUCUUGAAAUGGCAGGCCUCGGCAAUUUUGCGAAGGGGAUGGCAGUUGUUGCAGCGAGAGCAACUAGGUUGCCUAUUUAUUCUUCUUUUGCCAAAGAAGGAAACCUUAGCGAUCUAUUUGCCAAAGGGGAGGCUAUUUCAACUCUCUUCAAUGUUGUUGGAAUUGGAGUUGGAAUCCAGUUAGCAUCUACUAUCUGUACUUCAAUGCAAGGGAAGUUGGUUGCGGGGCCUCUGCUUUCAAUUAUACAUGUAUACAGUGUGGUUGAAGAAAUGAGAGCUACUCCUGUCAAUACCUUGAAUCCACAAAGAACCGCAAUGGUUGUGGCUGAUUUUCUUCAGGCGGGAAAUGUAUCAAGUCCUGCUGAUAUUAGAUACAGAGAAGAUCUGCUAUUUCCUGGGCGACUUAUAGAAGGUGCCGGAAAUGUUAGAGUGGGUAGGGCUUUGCACAAAGCCAUCAAGCCUUCAAGGCUUCAUGAAAUAAAAAAAUUAUUCCCUGAAGAGAAGUUUCUCUUAAAUGGUGGAGGUAAAUGCGUUGACAUGGUGUUGGAGCAUGAUGCUAGUGGCGAGGAUGCAUUGAGAGGCUGGUUGGUUGCUGCAUAUGCUGCACAAAUGGACAAGCCCUCUCAAGAGCUCAGUGCCGGAACCCUGCAGGAGGCCUAUGACAAAAUGAACGAUGUCUUCCCUGUAUUUCUAAGAGCAUUGCAGAACAAAGGAUGGCAUACUGACCGUUUUCUGGAUGGAGCUGGGAGUCGCUUUUCAUUAUAGCGACAGGUUAAUGCUAUUUUUGCCUUCUGGUUUCACCCAUUUCUGUGAUUGCAUGUGAAUGCGUAGUGGUAAGGCAUAGAUUUUUAACAGUGUUUUGCGCGGAUUAAGGAAAGAGGAAAACAUUUUUGGUCCCUGAUCUUCAAUUUUUUUUUUUUAACGUCCCAGAUUAAGGCAUAGGAAUAGAUUUUUAACAGUAUUUCUGAUUGAUGCAAUUAAGAGCUUCUUUGGUCCUUUCUGUUUCCUUGAAUGUUGUGGAGCAAUUAAUGAUUAAUUAUUUUCGUGGAGAAUAUAUAUUAAUGAAACAUGAGAUGAUGAGGCA